UUUUUGAGGGAGAUUGCAAAUUGUUUGCUAACUAGAAAUUCACACGAUCAUGUCGUCCUGGUUGUUGUGCAAAGGGGGAGUACCAAGCCCCAAGCAAUUGGCUGGGCGUACGCUGCGCAUCACGGGGCGUUGCGCCAGCAAUGUACCGUCGUCAACAGAGGCAACAUCCCCCACAAGCUCGUCUUCUCGUACCAGUACUACAGCGGAUCUACGCUACCCCAACUUGUUCCGUUCGCUGGAUCUUGGACCCGACAUUGGCGUCUUACCCAAUCGCGUCCUGAUGGGGUCGAUGCACACGGGUUUGGAAGGACAUUCGCUACCCUCCUGGAUUGCCGAUCAUCACUCCUUGUCCCGUAUGGCCACGUACUUUGCUACUCGCGCCCGAGGACACGUCGGACUCAUGGUGACGGGGGGCAUUGCCCCGUCCCGUGCCGGAUGGACGGGACCCUUUAGCUCGCAACUCUUACACGAACGCGAAGUUGCCCGACACCGCGUCGUCACCGACGCCGUGCAUGCCGUACCCGUUCCUCUCCACCACGCCAACAGCACUACCACGGUCCCGGCACGCAUUUGUCUGCAAAUUCUACACACUGGACGGUACGCCUACCAUCCGUUUGCCGUCUCGGCCAGCAAUACCAAGUCCCCGAUUAGCAUGUUCCGUGCGCGAGCUCUUACCAAAGCCGGUGUACAGCAAACCGUGCGGGACUUUGUGCACACGGCCGUCCUCGCGAAACAGGCCGGGUACGAUGGGGUGGAAGUCAUGGGAUCGGAAGGCUACCUUUUGUCGCAAUUCCUGUCGCCCCGGACCAACCAGCGCACCGACGAUUACGGCAACGCUUCUCUCGCCAAUCGUGCUCGUUUGGCUUUGGAGAUUGUCCAGCAAACCCGCGCUGCCGUGGGUAACGACUUUAUUAUCAUCUUUCGUCUCUCGUUACUGGAUCUGGUACAGGAUGGACUCGCCUUUGAAGAAUCCCUCCAACUCGCGACUUGGUUGCAGGACGCCGGUUGUACCAUUCUCAAUACCGGCAUUGGCUGGCACGAAGCUCGUGUUCCGACCAUUUCGACUACCGUCCCGCGCGCCGCCUUUGCCUUUCCUACCCACGCCCUCAAAGCGGCCAAGGUAGUAGACAUUCCUAUUGUCGCCACUAACCGUAUCAAUCAUCCGCAAACCGCGGAAGACCUACUCCUGAACGAUACGGCCGAUCUCGUCAGCAUGGCCCGACCCUUUCUUGCCGAUCCCUACUUGCUCCGCAAAGCCUACCAGAAUCGACCGGACGAAAUCAAUACCUGCAUUGGUUGCAACCAGGCCUGUCUGGAUCACGUCUUUGUCGGUAAGACGGCCUCGUGCCUUGUGAAUCCACGCGCCUGUCACGAAACGGAACUGCCCAGUAUAGACCGCACGACGGUCCGCUUGCCUUCCGCGCAGCGUUUGCGCAUUGGCGUCGUGGGAGCCGGUCCGGCUGGUUGUGCCUUUAGCCUCGCUGCCGCGCAACGUGGUCACGACGUGACACUCUACGAUCAACAAGACUCGGUGGGGGGACAGUUUCAUAUGGCCAAAAAAGUCCCGGGCAAGGAAGAGUUCCACGAAACUCUCCGGUACUUUCGGACCAUGCUGGAAAAGGAAGGUGUGCGGGUCCAGCUCGAUACGACCGUAUCGUUCCAAGACAUGGAGCGGGACGAUCGCGACUACUCCGUGGACAAGUGGGUGAUUGCGACGGGGGUGACUCCACGAGAUCCGAAAAUUCCGGGACAAGACCAUUCGAACGUGCUGUCCUAUAUUGACGUGCUCAAACACCGCAAGCCGGUCGGAAAACGAGUUGCGAUUAUUGGGGCUGGAGGGAUCGGCUUUGACGUGGCGGAAUACUUACUGCAUCAUGGUGACGGCGACAAGGAUCUGUUGGCGGACGAAGUGUCCAAAGAAGACUUCUGGCGGACGUGGGGGAUUGAUACCACACUGCAAACCCGCGGUGGACUCGUCGUGGAUUCCGCGAGUCGUGCCGAUAUCAUCUCCACCGGAGCGCCUAAGCGGGAAUUGUUUCUCUUGCAGCGUAAAAAGGGCAAGCUGGGCAAGAAUUUGGGAAAAACAACGGGUUGGAUCCACCGCGCCACGUUGGCGCAGUCCCAGGCGGUGACCAUGUUGGAUGGUGUUGCGUACGAAAAGAUUGACGAAGACGGCCAUUUGCACGUUACCUUGCGGGACGGUCAGGAGAAGCGUGUUCUACCGGUGGACACGAUCGUGGUGUGUGCCGGUCAAGUGGAGCAUCACGCAUUGCAAAGUGAGGCCACGGAAGUUGCCCCGGGAACCGACGGUGUGUCGUGGAAGGAUAGGGUGUAUACGAUCGGGGGUGCGUACGCGGCCGGCGAGCUGGACGCGAAACGUGCCAUUGACAUGGGGGUCCGUUUGGCACACAGCAUUCACGACCCCCACGUGGUCCCGGGGGAGCACGUGUCGCAAGCCACUCCCGGUGUGGAAGAACGAUUGUACCAACUCCUGCGGCGGUUCGCGUAAACACAAAAAUACGGACCUUUUGUUUUAGCU